ACAAAUUUCGCUAUUAAAAAAAAUAUUUACGUAAAAUAAAUGUACCGUUAUUACUAUAGUUUGAUAAUUUUUCAAUCGAACUUGCAAAUUGUUCAUGAUUCGAACUUUUUCUAGGGAAAUUUUAAAGCGGUAAGUUAUUUUCGAAUAUCUGGCUACGCUGUGUUGCUCGUUAUCGGUCGUUGUCCCCCGGAACGGCUGUAGGCUUCCCGUUGCCUUCGCCUCGCCCUUUGCCAAUGGAUUGCUUCCAUUGUUUACCCUCCUCGGUUUUUAGAUUUACGUAUUUUUUUUUUUUAGUUUUAGUUUUUGCCUUUUUUUUUAUUAUUGAUAAACUUAUUUAAUUUUUGGAAUUUAAAUUUCGACCAUUUAAUUUUUGUGUUUCAUCAUUUAUUUAUUAAUUGCAAAUAAUUCCCGGUCUUUUAGAAUGGCUCCUAAAAAGAGAGAAAAAGAACUGGACAAAAACAGAAUCGACGAAACAGAUCAUGAGCUUUUCUUACAAGCCUUUGAAAGUAGGUUUAAAUUACUAUAAAAAUUAAAUAGUUAAAAUAAAACUUUGUUGUAAAUUAUUAUACUACCUACAUAAUAUAUUUAAUUAUAGGUAUUUGAAUUUUGAACAUAUCUACAUACUGUGUGUUAACUGAUUAAUUGUUACUAGUCAAGGGUUACUUUAGGGCAGAUAAUUUCGUCUAGUGUUUUCAUUUCCAUAAUAUUCUUAAUAUGCUCAUAUGCUUAUAUGCUUAUUGUAAUUGAAAUCCAAUAAUUGUAUAAUAAAUGUUAAUUCAUUUUGAAAAAUUUUAGUUUUUUUUAUCAAAACAUACAAAUUUAAUUAAAAUAUAAAUAUUUGUUUUCCUUAUUUCUGUGAUUAAUAUAAAAAAUAGAAUUUAAUUAUUUUUGUUAUAUUAGGAGAUAUUGCAGUAACUAUAUCUUUGUGGGACACUGUAUAGAUAAAUGUCCAAAAAUUAACAUGUUUAGUAUUUAUUUUUUUUUAAUUAUUUCUAUCUACCUAGUUUUCGAUAACAUAGUUUUUUUUGGGCUUAAUUUUUAGAUGUUAAAACUCCUUAAUUAAUGACAUGUCUUCUAAACAAUAAAAACAAACAAUUUCAAUUAAAAACUGUAUUGAACGAUUCACAGUUAGAUGACUGUAUCACUUUCAAACAGUCACACAUCUAAAAUGAUUGAAAAGUUUGUUAUUGUUUUUACUAAUUUUUUGAAAUUAAUUAUUGUAGAAUUUACAGUGGUGCGGGUAUGAAACUAUAAAAACAAUAUGAACUUCGAUUUAUUAUGUAAAAUCAUCUUGAGUAGGUAACAAUAGAAUGAAAAAUAUAAAACUCGAUACCAGGCUUUCGAUUACUUUAAAAUUAGUAGUUUUAAAAGUAAACAACAACCAAACAAGUGUUGUUGAAUUAAUUUUGAAUAGCAGUAAUAAGUUAUAGCAAUUGAAAUAAUUAUUUUUUAAAUUACCAGUUCAUUUUUUCUUCCACUUAAAUUAAUAUGUAUAAUAAAUACCUAUUAUAUUUUGUUUUAUUUAUCAUUCUUUUUUUUUUUUUUUAAUCUGUUAUAUUAAUAUUUUUCAAAUUGGUAUUAAUUUACAACUGGGUUUAUUUUCCGUCAAUUUCUUAUGUACAUUUAAAUAUUAUUGUAUAAUAUUGUCAAUAUAUUGUAUUGUGUAGUAUAAUAAUGCAAAGCUAUAAGCAUUAUAAAAUUAUUUUAUUAUGACCAGUUUUGGUUUAAUAAAAAAAAAUAUAAAUUUGAAUUAUUUAAUUAGUAAUUUAACUAUUCAUUUUUAUUUAUAAUUAAAAAAAAAAAAAACUGUUUUUUUGGGUAUAAACAGUUGUAAUAAUUUUACACUAGUUAGAUAAGUAUUGUCUAUUUUUUUUCUUUUGUAGUUAUAUUUAUAACAUAACUAAGUAAAACAUUAUUUGAAUCUUUUUCAGAGCCAACCCAGAUUUACAAAUAUUUAAGGAAUCGUAGUUUGUUUUCAGUAAGUUAUUGUUAAAAUAAAUAUGGUCGAUGUUCAAUAAAUAUUCAUAUAAUAUUAAUAAUACACUAACUUUAUAUUAGUUUAAUCAGCAAAUAAAUAGUUAUACUUAUUUUAAUAUCAAUUUAAAAUGACCAAAUUUGUGCAGUAUAUAUCAAACCUCAUUUUUUCACACUAUACAUAUUACAUGUUAUAGCAUAUGUAUUUUUAAACUAUUUAUAAAAUCUAAUUUAUACUUAAAUUAGUAAUUCAGUAUUUUUUUUUAUAUAUUAUGCUUUACAAUAUUAAUAAUAGGUAAGUUGAUAUUAAAAAAUCUAGUACCUAAUUGUAGUUUUUACAUUUUACCAAAUUAUAAAUUAAUAAUUAAAAUAAACAUGAUGCAUAAUAUUAUGUAUCAAGUUUUAUAUUCAACCAUUAGUUUAAUUACAUUACAUGUACAACUUAACAUAUAAUACAAUAAAUUAAUAGUAAGAAUAAAUUAAAACUAAUUAAUACAAUAUAUUUAAAUAAUAUUAUUAUUUUAUAUAUUUGUACGAAAAUAUAUUUAGUGCCAAAAUUAAUUUUUUAUAGUUAUUUCCUUAUAAGGAUAUUAUCAUAUUCGAUCUAUUUAUAUAUUUAUAUAUGCUCAAUAUGUUAGAUGUAGGUGGGAAAUAAUAGUUGUUUAUACUUUAAUAAAAUGGGAUAAUUAAAACCUUGUGUUUAUUAUAUAAUAUGUAUAUCUUCAUAAAUUUAAUUAUCUUUGUUCUGAAACAGGAUAAAUAUUUUACAAGUUUACAAUUUAUUUUUCUAUACCUAAUAUAUGUAUAUUUUUCUUUUAUUUAGCCGUUAUUUUUAAUUAGAACUUUAAGCUACAUGAAAGCAAAUCGUCCAAGAGCGAAGCAUCCCAAAAAGAAAUUAGACGUGGAUUCAUUGUUGAGUACUAUGGAAAAAAAAAUUUUUGAAAAAAAAACUUGUAACAAACGAUAUCUGACAAUAACUUACAUUGGUUAUUAUGAUGAUAAAAGUAAUUUUAAAUUACUGGUUAAAUUUGUUAUAUAUUUUCUAAUGAAUGAUUAGUAAUAUUAUUUAAAUUUAAAUUUGACAGUGAAAAAUGAAAAUGAACCCAUUAAAAUUGAAACUAGUCUCAUGAAAAUUAGUCACAAAAAGCGGAAAGAUGCUUCCCCAUUUUCAUUGGUAAAAUAAUUAACAGUAUUAAUAAAUUGUAUUAGAUCUCAUAAAAAUGAUUUAAUUAUUAUUUUAGGUAUCUUAUGGUUUUUCAUCUGUUCCUGUUAACCCCAGUUGUAAUCAACUAACAUCACAAGCUGCGAUUGUAUCUAUUCCAGUUGAAUCACUUACUGCCACUACUAUGAAUGGACUUAUGUCUAAAUCGCAUCAUUUAUUAGUUAGGAUUAUGAAUGUGGCUUCGAACUCCGAUUCUGAAAAUACUGGUGGGUAUGGUGUCUAAAUUAAUUUAGUUGAAUAAUUAUGUUGAUUCAAUGUUUGGAUAAAAUGCAUUCAAUUAAAUGUACAUUUCUAAAAUACUGCAUUAAUUUUGCAAUUAUGAAAAAUUAACUUAAUUUAUGUGUAUAUUAACUGAUAUUAAUUGAUUUUUAAGUUCUUGCACUUAAGAAAUCUAAUAGAACGGUGUAUUUCAACUGUAAAUUAUAUUAUAUAUUUAUAUGAUAACAGUCUUAAGGCGAUCUGAUGCAGGUUACUUGUAUCGUAAGUGUUAUACAAUAAUUUACGCUAAAUAACAAUUUUUGUGUAAGUAUCAAGGUCCCAUACACUAUAAAAAUGAUUAUAUUAUUGCGAGAUUAAAUUAUAAUUGAUAAACAUAAUUGUUUAAAAAUUACAAUUUCUUGAUUUUAUCGCAAAAUUAUAUUUUCAUUCUGCUGCCUGUUAUCUGUUGACUAUUGAUACUUACGAAUAUAACAUUGUUUUAUGCGUGACUUUUUUGUCUUUUUAAUAUAAUAAUUAUUAAUUAAUAUACUAAAAAUAAUAUUUUAAAAUAUAUUUCUAUUUUGUGUUGUUUCCUUUUUAAUUUAAUAUGGUCUAUUUUUUUUAUAUAAUUUUGCAUGCAAUAUGCUUUUUCAUAAAGAUUAAUGAAAUGUAUUUCACUUAUUUUAAAACUAUUUGUAUGUAUUCUUUUGUUAACUAUAUGUAGAUCACUUUAGAAACCAAUAAGCAAAAUUGAGAUCACAAAAUAAAUUUAAAAUGUUGUAAUUAUUUAGUUGUUUACUAAAAAUUUAGUAAUAAUUAUGUACAUUUUGUAAAGUAAUCUAUUUUUUAUAAAAAUAGUUUUUAUUCUGAUUUCAGAACCUAGUCAAAAGAAAAGAAGAAUGAGUAUAAAAGAAGGAAAUGGUGUAAAUAAAAGAGAAUUUGGUGCAAAUUUAGUUAUACACGACAAGCAGAAUCGUUGUUUACUCAAAGAUGGUGAUUAUGAUUGUGUUGUGGAAGAAAUAAAUGCAAGUCCUAUAUCAGCUGUGGGCAAAUCAGCUUCAUGGGAACGCCUUAAAGUAAGAAUAUAUUUAUCUUCAUUAUAAUUUAAAUUAUAAUUAAAAAUACAUAUAUACUUAUAAAUUAAUGUAGGAAGUAAAAACUGGACCACAAUUUAGUGUAUUUGAAAAUCGUAACAAGAUCAAGCUUCGUUUAAAGUGGUCAGCAGAGCCUAAUACCACUACUAUUGAAUUUCCUCUUGUCGAUAAUAAAGAAAAUAAUUGGCCAAGUAUUAAUUUUUAAUAUUUGUUAAAAAAUUUUUAGUUUUUAUGUUAAUUAAUAUUUUUAGACUCCAAUUCAAGAAGAAGUAGUAGUGUUCAAAAUGCUAAUGGUUCUAUGGAUAAUUCAACUAAUAAAUUGAAAGUAGUAUAUCAAUUUUUAUACAAUAAUAACAGCCGUCAACAAACUGAAGCUAGUGAAGAUUUACAAUGUCCUUGGUGUAACUUGGAUUGUUUUACAUUAUAUGCACUACUUAAGCAUUUGAAAUUAUGUCAUGCUCGAUUUACGUUUUCUUAUGUUGUAAGUUAUUUUAAAUGUUAUAUAAAGCUGUUUUUACAUUAAAAAUACAUUUAUAGCCAACAGGAUCUGGUGCACGAAUUGAUGUUGCAAUAAAUGAACAUUAUGAUGGUUGUUACAUUGGUAGUCCACAAGAUUUAAUUGCACAACCACAAAGAGACGAAUCCAAGAAUGUCGGUUAUCGUAUAACCAGAGUUGGACCUGUGAGACGUACAGUAGUGUCUAAAAUAGUAGUUUGUCAUCCAAAACGACUCAGACGUGCGUCUUUAUCAGAAUUUUUACACGAAUUAGAAGAUACUGAUGGAUAUGAUGGCCAAAGACCAUAUGUUACUGGACAUAACAGGUGAAUAAAAGUAUUUUAUACAAAUUAAAUGUUUAAAUUUUAAAGUAUUAUACAUAGCCAGUUUAUUAGUUAAAAAACAAAAGUGGUUAAAUUUAGUACUGAGCUAAUAUCAAUAGUUGAUAUUAAUACUGACAGAUAUUGAUACUAUCAAUAUAUCAGGUAUAGGUUUUUUUUUCCAACCGAUAAUAAAACUGAUAUAAUGUACAAAAAAAGUCCCAUAUCAAUUUGUGUAAUGAUAAAAAUAUAUAAUGAUGGUGGUUAUAGCGAUAAUGCUAUAUACUCCAACUACAAUUUAUAUUGGUUAUCGGUUCAUGGAUCUAAAAACAUAAAAUAUUGAAUCAGUUUUAUAUCGGGGGAAAAAAAAGUUAUCAGCCUAGCUCUAAUUACAAAGCUGCUAUGCACUCAUUAUUCAUUAAUAUUCUGACUUUUUAUCACUUAUUUCAUUAAUUUCCCUAAAAAAUUCAUCUUUCUCAUUUUUUAAAGCUCUUUAAAUAUAAUUAAGUGUUUAAAUUAAAUAUUUCAAAUUUUUAUUAUCAUUUAUGUUUUUACUAAUAUUUUUAGUUACUUUUAUCUACAUUAUUUUUUUUAUAUUUUGAUUAAAAAACUUAAUUCACUUAAUUGAAAAUAAUACUUUUCUCACUUUAAAAAAAAAAAAUGACAAGCAACUCUGUAAUUAAACUAAAUUUACUAAGUUCAUAUUGGCUAUUUUUCACACAAUGACAACAGAAAAAUAUAACAAAAAAGUUGAUACCAGGGACGUGUGCGGCCACUGUUGUGUAGGUGGAUUGUUGGAAAGGUGGGACACAUAAAGUUUUUUAAUUUAAAUCUGUAACCAAUGAUGAACCAUUGAUAUCGAAAAACGAUUCUGAGCAAAGUUCAGUUAUACAUGUUUAUUUAAUAUUUAUGAUUUUCAUUAAAAUUUCUAAAACAUAUAUAUAUGUAUUUCAUAACACUCAAUUGUUUACCACUAAGUAUGACUUAUAAUGUACAUCAUGUCAAUACCUACUAUAAAAACGCAUACAAUUUAAAUGUAUAGCUCAAAUGUUUUGAAUAUUUACCAGGUCUAGAAAAAGUAAAUAGAAGUUUAUUGUCAACAUUUAAAGUCACUACAAAUAUUUUUAACUGAAUUACAUUAAAAAAAAAAAAAAAAAAUUUAAAAUAAAAAAAAUAUUUUGUACAUUUUCCUGUUCUUUCUAUGUAUUUUUUGAUUUUGCUCAAUUAAAAAUCUACAUAGAAAAUUAAAAAAAUGUGUGGUUACCUAUUAGAUUAGAAACACAACAUAUAGGUAUCUUGUUGUUUUUCUAUUGGUGAAAUAUUUUGUACAGAAAACAAGCUCUACAAAUAUAAAAUAAAGAAAUUCUAACGCCAUAAAUUUAUCAAUUUUCAUUCCCAAUUAUUUUGAAAACUAAGAAAAUCAAAAAAAUGUCUUCUUCAAUGCACCAAAAUAAAUAUACCUUUCGAGAAGGUGCUAUAAUUGUUACUUUAGAGCAAGUUUUCUGGUAGAAAAGUUGCUCACAGACUAUAAGAAACACUUGAAGUAAAACACAGUAAAACGAAUAGUUCCCUUGCUAUGCUCCGAAUCUAAAAUUGAUAUUAUACUAACCAUUAUUCAGUAUUUAGCAAUUUUAUAUUUUGUUAUAUGCAUAGUAAUGUAUGCAAAUUAAUAUAUAAGAUUAAAGUGAAGUCCCAAGUCUUAUUUUAAUAAAAACUAUUACUAGGUGGCUUAUAUUUUUUGUAUAAUAUUGAGAUACCAAAUGCUUGUAAAAUUAUAAAGUAUGAUCAUUCUCAUUGAAGACAUAUUGUACUAUCUGAAAUUUCAGUUUUGUGUUUUAAUCUUAUUUUUUUCUUUUUUGUGAUUUUGAUGUAAACAUACUUUUUACUGAAUUUUAUGAUCUAUUGUUAUAUUAUAAAAAAUCAUAAUUUGUUUCAAAAAAUGAAAUCCAUAAAUCAUAAUUCCUACAAUUUUGUCUGACUUUUUAAUUUAAAUUGACUAAUAUACAACAUCAUCAAUUUCCUUAAAAUAUGAAUUGUUUUAAUUAUAUUUUAUCAUAUUAUGUUCAAUGGUUAUAUUUUAUACAUUUCUUUCAGACUAUAUCACCACACAUCAACAUGCCUUCCUAUUUACCCACGAGAAAUGGAUGUUGAUAGUGAAGAUGAAAGUGAUCCUAUAUGGUUACGGAAAAAGACUUCAAUGAUGAUUGAUGAAUUCACCGAUGUAAAUGAUGGUGAAAAAGAAAUAAUGAAAAUGUGGAAUUUGCAUGUUAUGAAAGAAGGGUAUGUACAGGCACGUAGCCUGGAUUUUUUUUUUGGGAGAAAGGAUCGAAAAAAAGUUUAUCACCAACUACCAAUAAUCUGUUUUUUUUGUAAGAAGCUUAAAUUUCGGGGGGGAGGAGGUCCAUACCCCAUGGACCGCUCUUGGAUAUGUGCAUAAGUAUGUAUGUUUUUAAUUAAAGGAUAUACUUAGUUCAAAAUCAAAUAAUUUUUUCAAAUUUCAGUUUUUACUUACAACCUUGCAGUUGAAUUUAAUUUUUUACUAUUUUGGUUUCAGAUUUGUUGGUGAUUGUCAAAUACCAUUAGCUUUGAGUAUGUUUGUUGAAUCUAAAGGAAAAGAUAUUCUUAGGAAAAACUUGUAUAAAAACUUUAUGUUACAUUUGUGUAACUUGUGUGACUUGCGUCUUAUAAGUCCAGUAACAUUUUAUACAACAAUACAAAAGUUGCAAGAUAUAAUUGCUAUCGAUUCUGAAGCUAGUAAUGUUUUAUAUGAAUCUUUUGAAACACAGAGAAAAUAUUGGCGUGAGGAAGGAGCUAAAAAGUCUGAAGAUCGCACUGAAAUUAGGUGUUUAGUGCAGAGCCCAUUGCAGUCUGAUAUUGGUACCAGGCGCAAACCUGCUGGGUCAUUUUACCCUUUAAAACUUCAAGAUAAAUUAAAAGGAAAAGUAAUUAAACAACAAAAUGGUCGUAAAGGUAAUUCUACAAGACAAAACCCUCCCGCUACUAAAAAUGCAAAUAAUGUUGAAGAAAAAAAAUAUGAAAAAAAAAGUGAUAAAAAAGGAGGGUCUACAACUAGAUCUCAAUCCGCAGUUCGAACUGAUAAGCCAGAAAAACCAUUAGAAAAACGCAAUAGUACAUCUUUGAAUGGUGAAGAUCAUAAAAUAUCUGCAACUCUCACAGUGCGGCGUAGGACUUUCCCUAUAUUGACUGAUAAAAAAAAACCAGUUCCUGAAAAACUACCCUCAAAUGGGUCUGAAUCUAUAAGACGAAAAUAAUUAGGUAAUUAAUAUUGUGAUAAUUUUGAGAAAAAUUGUUGUAAUAUAUUUUAAUCAAGUUUCCCCAAUGUAUUUACAAUGUGUUAUAAUCACUGUUGUCAUUAAUGUUCUCUAAACUCAAAUAAAUGGAGAAUUGUAGUAAGUACUUUUGUGAUUAUAAAAUAUGAUUUUAUUAUUAUUAUAAUCAUUGUACAGUGGAGAGAAAAAUUGUAGGGACUUGUUAACAUUUUCAAUCUUUAUAAAGAUUGUUAAAUUAUUUUCUUAAUAAUUACAUCAACAAAUGCUUUAACAUUAUUGUUUCAUAUUUCAAUUUUAGUUUUCUUAAAGUGUUAUUAUUUAAAAAAUAAUGAAUAUAUAUACAUAUAUAUGUAAAUAAAUUCAUAGAAUUUUAGAUGUUAUUUACUGUGUUAGGUAAUAUAAUUGUAUAGUAUUGGAUGUCUUAUUAUAAAAUGUAAACUCAAUGAGUACUUUUUUAGGGUUACAUAUUGUUUUUUUAUUUAAAAAAACAAUUAUAAAUGCUAAAUUAAUAUAUUUUUAAAUAAUCUAUUAAUAAUUUAUUGGCAAUAUUUUUAAAACAAAUAAUGUUAUUUUCUUGUCCAAGUACAAAUUUAUAUAAUAUAAUUAAGAUGUUACUGUUUUGUACAGAAAUAUUUACUGUAUAUGGUUUUACCUAUUUAUUUUAUUUCCUAAGUAUGUGAAUAAUAAUGAAUACUUUUGAUUUUGAAAAAUACUGCUAUAAUGUAUACAAUACUAAAUUUAAAAAAAAUUAUAAUUUUUUUAAUACAUUUAUUUGGGUUAUAUGGGUAAAAUGUAUUUGUAAAUUUGCAUAAUAUCGCUGUUUCGUGAAUAUUUUAUUUUAGAUACUAAAACAGGGUUGUUAUUCCACUGUACAUUGAUUAGAUAAUAUAUAUUGUUCAUAUUUUUAAUAAUCUAAGUAAUUUUAAUUUAUGUUUAAUGAAUUCUUACAGCAAUAUACUAUUUAAAGAAAAGUCAGUUUUUUAAUAUCUUAAACAGAUAGUAUAUACAAAUAUCUUAUUUAAUUCAAUAUAAUAUUUCUAACUAUCUAGUAAAUACAGUAUUCUUUUUAUAUAGUAUAUAAUGUAGGGGCAGUGUCAUAUUAUACAAUUGUCCUUUUGAAAUUCUAUAACUAUUAAUAUUUCAAGUUCAUUAAACUAGCAAUACAAUAAAAUAGUGUACAACUGCAGGUUGUUACAAAAAUAAUGUAUAUACUCUUUUUAAUUUUGGUGUUAUUUUUAAUAUUUCAUUUACUGUUGAAGUGACAAGACAAGUUAAUCCUAAUUGAUUAAAUAUUGGUAUUCAUUAUUAAUUUAGUAUUUUUAAAUUUUAUUUAAAUAUUAAUUAUAUAUCACUGGAAUUACUAUUAAAUAUCACACUUCUUUUUAAAUUUUUUUUUUUAUUGAGGCAACAAUUUACUAAAUGCAUGUUAUAAAAUAAUGUCAUGUAUAAAGUACAUAAAACACCUUUAUAUAUUAGUUUUGUUGACAUGUUUAAGCCUACAAAUAAUUUUGAUUUGUAAAUGUAAUAUAAUAUAGUAUAUACACAGAAUAUAUUAUAAUAGAUAAAUAUGUAUUUAUUACUUUGAGUUGCCAAUUAAAAACUUUAAAUUUUAGUUUGGGGUAUAUUCAUAUGUAUUACAGGGUUUGUUUCAUAAGUUUAUAAUUUAAUUAUUUUAUAUUAUUCUCCAAUACAAUUGAUUUAAUUUAAAAAAUACAUCUUGCCCUAUUAAAUAUAAAUAUUGUAAUGAAUCUGAAUUGCUGUCAGCUCAUUUUAAAAAAAUUAAAAAAUUAAGUUUUUUAAGAUUUAUUUUACAGUGGCAUAUAAGAUAAUUUUCUUUCAUCUAAAAUUAUUAAAAAUGUUUUCAGAUCUCAUUUUUUUAUUGCAUUUUUAAAGCAAAAUGUCAUAAUUUAUGAAUAAAACAAUACUAAACCAACCAAAUAAGAUAAUCAUUUAACUAUUUACUUUUAAACUGUCUUGAGUAUUUGAAAGUCACAUAAUAUAUAUUUAAAAAAAAUUGAAUUUUAAUAAUAUUGAACUCUAUACAUAAUUGUCAACUUUUAAUGUUAAUUUUAUUAUUUGUUAUAUGCCUUUAAGAUAUAAACUAAAGGUAGAAUAUAAUUUAGAAUUACAUUAAAAUCAAGAGGAUAUUUAAAAUCAUUGUAAUAUUUUGUAAUUUUUAAUUCUAUGGCUAAUUAAAAACAAUAAUUGAUGUAUGAUACUUACGUUAAAUAUCUUAAAUAUCUUCUAAGUGGUAUAUAAAAAUGUUAUUAUAUAUAUAUAUAUAUUUAUAUGCGUGUGUGUGUGUGUGUGUGUGUGUGCAAAAGGAUUUUUUUAAUCUCUUUUAAUAUAAAUAUACAUAUAUAUACACUUGGUAAUAUUUAAAGUUUAGAUUUAUUUAUUAAAAUGUAUUAUUAAGAGUUUCAAGCAAAAUAAUUUAAAUUUGUAAUCAACAAUUAGCAUUCGAGUUCAUACAUUUUCAAAAUUAGUAGUAAUUUGUUUUCUUUUUCACUGCCUUUAGUUCACUGCCUUAGUAUCUAAACUAAAAGCCUUUAAUUAUUAUUUAUUGAUCAAAAGAUAUAAAGUUUAAAAAAAUAAAUAAAUUUAAAUGGCUUAAAAUAUAAUUAAAUUUGAAUUUUUUUAUUUUAUGUUUCAAUAUUUUUAUGUGAAUAUUAUUAUACUAGAAAAUAAAGUGUAUUGACUGUAAUAGAACUAUUAUCAUUCUAAUAAUAAUUUAUUGUAUUACAUUUUUAUUCAAUCAUAAUAGUAUGUACAAAUAUAAUAUAAUAUCAAUGUGUAAUUUAUAUAUAAUUAAACUGUUGUGUCCAUACUAUUAUGUGACAAUAUUUCAUUAUAUUAUAAUAAUUAAAUUGUUUGAACAAUAUAUUUUCUGUAG